GGAGAAGGCCCGUUUUCAUUCCAUAUCUGGUUUCGACCUUGGUAUCGGGUUUCGAACUUGGGUCUGAUUUUCGAUAUUUCAAUAUUUCAUGCGUGUACCAACUGAGCUAUCAUAACCCCGUCGCCGUUUCCAGCCCGCCUACUCGUCCAACAAAUACCAAGAAAUGCCACGUGGCGCCACGUCAAUCGCGACGUCAGGCUGCCACGUCAGCACCCCGCCUCGUCCCUCGACUUCUACUGCGUUUUCCCGGCGAUUCAACGCUUUCACGCCAGAAGAAGCCACAAGUGGUGGGUAAGCAUCUGCCUGCCACGUGGCGCCAGGAUGUCGCCAGUGGUUGCCGCAUGCCACGUGGGCCGGGCCGGGACCGUCACAUGGCAGCCCGAGACCCUGCUCUCCGUGGGUCAGGCGAAUGGCACGGCAGCUAGAGCGGGCGCAGACGGGCCCUUCCAUCCCCCUCCCCGACCUCUCGGACUCUCGUCGGGAUACCAUUGCCCGCUAUUAGACGAGAGGGUCCGCCGAGGGGAGGUCCACGUGGCAAGACGAGAGCACAUCGAUGAUGGGCGGAGAGUGCGUCGCCUAAGGGCGGUAAUUACACGUGUAACGGCGUCGGGAUCGGGGUCGGAAGCCCCGAUGACCGGGGACGACCGGUCGGUCUCCAGAAUCAGCGCCAGGUGCGCUGAACUUGCUGACGAAGCAGUUGUCAGACAUGAUGAAGGGUCUCAGACUGCGCACGUGUCACCCAGAAGCUGCAUGGUCACGAGGAGGCAGACGGGACUCGGGAUCGCAGCUGUGGCUGUCGCGGCAAGCAUGGAGAUGGCAGCCGUCGGAUCUGCGUUCGAACCCGCGUCGGCCGUGGAGCAGCUGAUGCUUGCGGGCAGAAUCCCUGGCUUAUCAGAUCCCGACGAGAGCGAGAGUGAGAAACACUUCGUGUUAUCUUGACACCUGUGCAUAGUGUUUUCUUCUGUCUGUGUGCAGUGUGUACUCUGUCUCCUCUCCCCUUCUUCUUAUGCAUGUAUGGGCGUCCGUGAGAUUGUCUGUGUGUGAGUGUUGGUGUAAAUAAACAGACAACCAACAGAUUCUUAUGCAUGUAUGGGCGUCCGUGAGAUUGUCUGUGUGUGAGUGUUGGUGUAAAUCAACAGACAACCAACAGACAACCAAGUUCAUAACAUACCCGUGUGCCAUAACAGCCCACUUGCACAUUGUGAAAGGAGGCAGAUGUUACGAUCCUGGUCAUUCCCAAAGUGCAAAUUCACAAUGAAAGACAAUGCCACCCAAUUGCGAAAGAAAUGAAAGCACUUGCAAAGA